UCUUGCAGGGAGGUUGGGGGGGGGGGAAGAGGAGGCGCAUGCGCACCCCGCGUUAGUGAUGGAGGAGAGAAGAUGGCGGAAGCGGAGUUUAAGGACCACAGUACAGCUAUGGAUAAUGAGCCAAGCACCGGAACGUCCGUGUCCACAACAGCCAGCAGCACCACCACCACCACCAUCACCACAUCCUCCUCUCGAAUACAGCAGCCGCAGAUCUCUGUCUACAGCGGCUCAGACCGACAUGCUGUCCAGGUAAUUCAACAGGCCUUGCAUCGCCCCCCCAGCUCAGCGGCUCAGUACCUUCAGCAGAUGUAUGCGGCCCAGCAGCAGCACCUGAUGCUGCACACGGCUGCUCUUCAACAGCAGCAUCUAAGCAGCUCCCAGCUCCAGAGCCUCGCGGCUGUCCAGGCAAGUUUGUCCAGUGGAAGACCAUCUACAUCCCCCACAGGCAGUGUUACACAACAGUCAAGUAUGUCCCAGACAUCUAUCAACCUCUCCACUUCUCCUACACCUGCUCAGCUGAUGAGCCGCUCCCAGACUUCCAGUUCUACCAGCGGCAGUAUUACCCAGCAGACGAUGCUACUAGGGAGCACCUCCCCCACCUUAACCGCCAGCCAAGCUCAGAUGUAUCUCCGAGCUCAAAUGCUGAUUUUCACACCUGCUACCACUGUGGCUGCUGUACAGUCUGACAUCCCUGUUGUCUCGUCGUCACCGUCACCUUCCUGUCAGUCUGCAGCUGCUCAGGUUCAGAAUUUAACAUUACGCAGCCAGAAGCUGGGUGUCUUAUCUAGCUCACAGAAUGGCUCACCAAAAAGCGCUGGUCAAACCCAGUCCUUGACAAUUUGCCAUAAUAAAACAACAGUGACCAGUUCUAAAAUCAGCCAACGAGACCCUUCUCCAGAGAGCAAGAGGGGAGGAAGCCCAGGUCUGGAAUCUCGGAGCACAGCCGUCACUCGGACAUCAAGCAUCCACCAGUUAAUAGCACCAGCUUCAUAUUCUCCAAUUGAGCCUCAUUCUCUAAUCAAACAUCAACAGAUCCCUCUUCAUCCACCACCUCCUAAAGUCUCCCAUCAUCAGCUGAUAUUACAACAGCAACAACAGCAAAUUCAGCCAAUCACCCUUCAGAGUCCAAGUCAAGAUCCACCCCCAUCCCAGCACUGUAUCCCACUCCCAAACCAUGGCCUUUCUCCGGCUCCCAGUAAUGCCCAGUCACAGCAUUGCUCCCCAAUUCAGAGCCAUCCCCCGCCUUUAACUGUGUCUCCUAAUCAGGCACAGUCUGCACAGCAGUCUGUAGUGGUGUCUCCUCCCCCGCCGCAUUCCCCAAGUCAGUCUCCUACUAUAAUUAUCCAUCCACAAGCCCUUAUCCAGCCACACCCUCUUGUGUCUUCAGCUCUUCAAACAGGGCCAAAUUUGCAGCAGGCUACUGCUGAUCAGGUACAGUCCACAGCGCAGCUGAAUCUUCCAUCCCAUCUUCCACUUCCAGCAUCCCCUGUUGUACACAUUGGCCCUGUCCAGCAGUCUGCCUUGGUGUCCCCUGGUCAGCAGAUAGUGUCCCCAACAUCACACCAGCAGUAUUCAACCCUACAGUCCUCUCCAAUUCCAAUCGCAACCCCUCCUCAGAUGUCGGCAUCUCCUCCAACUCAGAUCCCACCACUGCCCUUGCAGUCUAUGCAGUCUUUACAAGUGCAGCCUGAAAUUCUAUCCCAGGGCCAGGUUUUGGUGCAGAAUGCUUUGGUGUCAGAAGAGGAGCUACCUGCUGCAGAAGCUCUGGUCCAGUUGCCAUUUCAGACCCUUCCUCCUCCACAGACUGUUGCGGUAAAUCUACAAGUACAGCCGCCGGCACCUGUUGAUCCACCAGUGGGAAUGCAUUUGAACCAGUGUCAUCUGCACAAAGUUUUUUCUCUUAAGGUUUAUCAAGUAGAAGAUGUGUGUGAGGAAGAAAUGCCAGAGGAGUCCGAUGAGUGUGCAAGGCUGGACAGAACACCUCCACCCCCCACCUUGUCCCCAGCAGCCAUCACUGUGGGGAGAGGAGAGGAUUUGAUAUCUGAACAUCCUUUGUUAGAGCAAGUGGAGUUGCCUGCUGUGGCCUCAGUGAGUGCUUCUGUGAUCAAGUCUCCGUCUGACCCCACCCAUGUCUCUGCUCCUGCACCUCCACUCUUAAUUCCUGCUGCUUCCACGAGGAGCAGCAGCACUUCUCUGCCCAACAGCACCCCCAGCCUGGAGAACAAGCCUCCACAGGCUAUUGUGAAACCACAGAUUCUGACCCACGUUAUAGAGGGCUUUGUGAUUCAGGAGGGACUCGAGCCGUUUCCUGUGAGUCGUUCGUCAUUGCUGAUAGAACAACCUGUGAAAAAGAGGCCUCUUUUGGAUAAUCAGGUGGUAAACUCUGUGUGUGUUCAGCCAGAGCUACAGAAUAACACAAAGCAUGCAGAUAACUCAUCUGACACGGAGAUGGAAGACAUGAUUGCUGAAGAGACAUUGGAAGAAAUGGAUAGUGAGUUACUCAAGUGUGAAUUCUGUGGGAAAAUGGGAUAUCCUAAUGAAUUUUUACGGUCCAAACGAUUCUGUACUAUGUCAUGUGCCAAAAGGUACAACGUUAGCUGUUCUAAAAAAUUUGCACUUAGUCGUUGGAAUCGUAAGCCUGAUAAUCAAAGUCUUGGGCAUCGGGGCCGUCGUCCAAGUGGCCCUGAAGGGGCAGCAAGAGAACAUAUCCUUAGGCAGCUUCCAAUUACUUAUCCAUCUGCAGAAGAAGACUUGGCCUCUCACGAAGACCCUGUGCCCUCUGCUAUGACGACCCGUCUGCGCAGGCAGAGCGAGCGGGAAAGAGAGCGAGAGCUUCGAGAUGUGAGGAUCAGGAAGAUGCCUGAGAACAGUGACUUGCUCCCAGUCGCACAGACGGAGCCCUCCAUAUGGACAGUGGACGACGUCUGGGCCUUCAUCCAUUCUCUGCCCGGCUGCCAGGAUGUUGCAGAUGAGUUCAGGGCACAAGAGAUUGAUGGACAGGCCCUGCUCUUGCUAAAGGAAGACCAUCUCAUGAGUGCGAUGAACAUGAAGCUGGGCCCAGCCCUGAAGAUUUGUGCGCGCAUCAACUCUCUGAAGGACUCUUAACAGGAGCAAGGCUUUGUGCUUCUCAGUCCAUUCCUCUUACUAGGUGAAGGUAAAGCCUCAUUGGGCUGAGAAUGUCAGACUGAUGGGAGAAGGCCAAUUGCAUUGGGACCGCCAAGGCCAGUGCCUACGUUUCUCUUUCAGAUGUCCUAACUCAUCAUACGGUUUCAUAAUUAGUGAACAUCGGUGACAUUAAUUUUACGAGUUACAUGCUACACUGAAAGACUUGUUACAGAGGCCCAUAUUUUUCAAAGAAACAUGUUAUACUAGAUAAUUUUUUAAAGGUAAUGUUUAUCAUUAAUAUAAAAAUGCUUUUAAAAAUAAUUAUUGAUUUACACUCCCCCUCUUUUAAUUCUCUUUUCUUAUAUGUUUUUCUACCCUGUUAGUUUUCUAAAUGUUGUCAUAGAGAUAUAGGAUAAUAUAGGAGCCCAUUGGCAGAAUUGAAUGCAAUGAGAUACCAGUCUGUUUUAAAAAGCGUAUCUUCCAGACAAAUGCUUUGGCUGUGAAAAGGUAUUGUGUCUUAGCAUAAGCAGUAUUUCUGAAGUUCUCGAGAGUCUCUAGUCUUGCCUUUACCCAGGUUGGCACGACUGACAGUUUCCCUCCUGGUUUGUAUAUUAAGAGCAGUAGUUCUCAGUGGAGAACUUGUCCUCCAGGGAAUAAUUGGCAAUAUCUAGACACAUUCUGGUUGCCACAGCUUGGGAUUGAGUUUUGGCAAGGGUUGUUAUAGGAACUGAGGUGUGGCAGCCAGGGGAGAUGUUGCUGAAUAUCCUACAGCACAUAGGAUGUUCCUCUGUCACCAGGAAUGAUGUCAUAGAUGCCAGUGGUGCCACGGUUGAGAAGCCUGGGUGAGCAAAGAGCUGCGUGCUCCUCUUGUCACCUGCAGGGACAUACUUAAAAGAUGGGCUGUGAUGAGGAGGAUGUACAGUGAAUGAUUAGCCAGUGGCACCAGAGCUCUGCAGAAGUAGGUUUUAGUUUUAUUGUAUACUAGAAAGGAAAGGAAAUCCAUAAACUUGGGCUAUAAAACUAGGCUAACUCCCAGAUCAUGUGACUCUGGUAUGGCACAGGCCCAUGGUCAUCUCUUCCUGACAAUGUUCUGUGCACUGAUGAAGGUACUGGAUACAGUCCUUCCUCGGAGCCUCUUUUAGCAGGCAAGUGGCGGUGCAGAUGGGAUCCCUUCCUUGAAGCAACCCUGCUGAGUCUGGCUAGCAUGCAUGUUUCUGUCUCCCUUACUAAGGCUAUGAAUUCUUCCCACCAAGUAUUUAAAGUGAUUUCUCUUAAUCAAAAGUUUUUACUUAACGGUUUUCUGUUAGGACAUUAAGCCAAAUUUUUCUGUGGAUGCUCUGAAAUCUUUGUAGUAGUGGGCAUCAAAAGAUUUGUUUGCUUUCUCUAUCUUUACUACAUGUUUGAGAAAUCUGAACAAUUGAAGGGACAUGUACAUCGCCUUGGCACAGAUAUGAGAGACAGCAAGAGUCUAAGCUCAGUCAUCUUUAUGGCGCUUUUCAGAGAUUGUGUUGAGUUAGUAGAAGACUAAAAGAUGUCACAAAGACAUCACAGAUAAAUUUAUCUUUUGGCUUUGUGUACAUUAGAAAAUGUUGGUUAUUUUUAUACAGAAAUACAGUGGAUAAUUUUUUUAAUCUUUAGAUGCCUCUUGUUUGAAUGUAUGCUUUGUGAGAUUGUUGGUGUAGUAGUUCUAAGAGUUGUUCACUAGUAGUCCUCUGUAGACUCAGAAUGUGUAAGUAGCUGAAGCUCCUGUUUCAGACUACAGUAGUAUAGGCUACGUUACAUAUUUCUUUGUAUCACAUUUGGUUAUCCUCGUUUCAAGGAAGGCAGGUACUCUAUAGUCAUCUGCAUUUAUUAGUACUGAGUCAUCAUGGCAGAGUUGUCAUGGACAUUCCUCAUUCUCCUAGCAAAGGCUGGCUAUGCAGCACUAAGAUUUCCUGCCAUAAUGAAGGAGGCACAAGGUACAUUUCCUCUGGAAUUAAAACUAUGGUAUAGUAAUCCACAGUUUGGGAUUAAUAUGGGAUUGUCCAGAAUAGACCUCCAGCAAUAAUGCUUCCCUCCUACAAAUACUUACAUAUAUAGCCUUUAAGGCAUUAACCCUGCACUUGUAGUAAAACCAGCCCAUCGUGUGCUUAUGAGAAACCCCUGUGCCUAGCACUAUCCUUAAGCACCCCUAAACAGUGUACACGAGGGCUUCUCCUGUGCCUAGCACUAUCCUUAAGCACCCCUAAACAGUGUACAUGAGGGCUUCUCCUGUGCCUAGCACUAUCCUUAAGCGCCCCUAAACAGUGUACACGAGGGCUUCUCUUGGAGAAUGCAUGCUUGUCCUUCAUCUUAGAAGCCGUUCAGAUCUUCUGUUGUUUGCACUUAAAUUUAACUAGCAAAUACUUUUUUCUUGCAAGUGGGUUAUUUUAUUUAGAAGUGGCUCAUUUGGUGUUUGGUAGUUCUCCCAUUGCUGCAGGUACUUCUUUCUAGGUAAUUUUUAAUCAUGCUAAUUUGAAAGCUUCAGUUACACGUAAUGGGGACACACACUAUGUCUCUGUCUCCUGAGCAUUAGGACAGAGACAGGAAGAAUGCUGGUUUCAUUUCCUUUCCUAUUACGAAGCACUUAAGAACUUUCUUGGAGGAAAAAAAAUGACAAGCAGGAAGGGAACAUGGCUUCUUCCUAUUUUUGCUUCUUGAGUUUGCUUUUCCUGACUUGAAACCCUUCAAUUACUGUGGGACACACUUUUCACAUGUUACUUGUUUUAAGUUCUGUGUUCUUAGGAAAAUAAACAGCUGGCUUGUAGAAGUCACUUUAUACUUAAGAUGCUUGCAUAGACACAUGUAAGGCACAGUGACAGCUUCAUCAGCACAGCAAGAAGUGCUGCCUCCUCACCUGACACCUUCAGUGACAGGGACUGAUGGGCAGAGUCACCUCUGCAGAACUGUGAAGUCUAGACUAAAGGAUGUCACCUGGGAGUAGAGAUGCCAAAACAAGAGGAGAGCAUGUUAGUAAAGCAGCUAGAGAGUGGCAGAGCAGACGGGACCUCCCGUUCUGCUCAGUUCAUCAGUGCAAAGCAGCUAGAGAGUGGCAGAGCAGACGGGACCUCCCGUUCUGCUCAGUUCAUCAGUGCAAUCCUCGACGCACUUCUUCACUUUGGAGGUUACAAUUCAUGAUUUACUUGAAUAAAUAGAAGGGAUUUUCUGUGUUUUAGGAAUCCCGCUGCUGCUUUCCUCUUUGUUUCUUGUGUUGGAAAACUGGUGUGUGAGACUGUAUUGUUACCAUGCCUUUGAAUAGCUAUUCACAGUCAGUCUUCAUAUAUUAAGUGCAAAAUUUAGUCAUAUAUCUAUUUAUAAACACAAAUCUUGGGUUGAAAUCUUUCAGAGGACUCAUUUUCUCACAAGCUUGUUAGGUUGUGUGUCUCAGCAACUGUGUCCAGUAUAUGAAAUCUCUGACUGGUCUCUUAAAGCACUUCAGACAUGUUCUCAAGUAGAGAGGCUGGCUAAAUGUUGUAGUUCUAAGACUUUGGGAAUGCCAGCAACACUUGCUGCUAACUGGUACUGUUAGCUGGCAUGGGAUGGCCUCACCUCCUUUCCUACACUGAGCCCCGUCUACCUCCAAGCCCACCUCCAAUAAACUUUCUUCAUAGUUCUUUACUUGGGGUUGGGUAACAUCCUGGCUUGGAGAUCUUCAGGCUGUUGUAAUGGGGCGGACCUUUAUAACUUCACCAGUUGUAUUUCAAUGAAAGUCUUAUCCAUCUAUGCAAAUCGUUUCCUAGUUUCUUGUAUUCCAUAUGCCUAACUGUGUGACUUGUUCCUUGAAAGUUAUUUGGGGUGGGGGGAAUAGAGUAAGCGACAGAAGAUGAUGGAAGAUGACAUUGCUAGCUAAAUGAAGACAUUUAGCUCAAUGAUGAUCCUUUAUAGCUUAGCAUCCUUGGUGAUGGAUGGUUGGACAAGGUGUGCUAGUUGUUUUGUUUGUUGGUGCUAGGGACUGAGUCAGGGCCUCACACUCCACCUUUGAGAUUGCAUACUGUAUUUUUUUCUUGUUUGCCUAAACUAACCUGGAAUUGUGGUCCUCUGACCUUCUCUCAAGUGCUUGAACUUAGUAUCUGUGCCACCAUGCCAAAUCUAGUCCCUGUGGUUAUAAAAUUGUCAAGAUUUGGUUGUAAUCAAAUUAGUUAUUUCUCUUUAUCACCUGACCCUGCUCUGAGGAGUGUUGAUAUUAAUAGUACCACUGGUACCCAAGUUGAGUAAUUCUGGAGUUUUGAAGAUGAUAAUCAAUUAGAGGGAGAGAAUCUGUCAAGAUGUAGGAGUUUGUUAUGAUUGAGUGGCCAGAAUACAGAAGUGUUUCCACAGUCAGAUAUGACAGCUGGCUCAGUGUAGCAGCCAGUCAUAAGGGAAGGCAGGCACUGCAGGACAGUGCUGUGCUCCAUUCUGAGUGCUGGUGACUGCAGCUGCAGGUUUUUCCUGACUGCUGGGCUCCAGUAAGCACAAGCCUGCCUAUUUUCUUGGUAUAAAGAAGAAUGACUCAUGACAUGAACUGUUUCAACUCAGUCAUCAGUACUCAUAUUCUCACUCCAUUCUGAGUAUUUUAUUUCAUCUCAAAGAUGGGCCUUGAGUUUAGAUGAGUACAAUAAGCACUAGGAAGAGUAAAUGUUUUCUUAUUCAAAUUUAACUUUAAUUCAUUGAACCAACCCCUUAAGGAAUUCUCUGGGAAGAUAUUUCUGGUGAUAGAUUAUAAGAUGCUUUGCCAUAUAGUUUAUAGUUGAAAUAAAAGUUGUUGAAAAUGAUAUUGGCAUAUUAAAAAGUGGCCUGAAAUAGUAAGGCCUUAUCAGUUGUACAUGCAGUUUUAGAGUUAACUCUACUUGACAAUAUGCUAAGAGAAAACUUUCUCUCUUAUUCUUUUUGAAAGUUACAAGAUAUGAGUUUAUCAACAGUUAUUAUCAUCAUGUUCUAGAGAAAAACCUUAGGAGUCCCCAGCCCUCAGUUGACACGCACAGCUUCUCUACAGCAGUCUCAUUUGCACACACUCUGGCAAGUGCCAUACACAAGGGAAAUUAUUUCCACAAGGGUUUUAUUUUCUUUCUCCUUUGAUAGCUUGUGGACUUUUUAUUUUAUUUAAAAAUACAAUUUGAAUAUAAUGUUAGGUGCAAAAUGAGCUUCUAUAUAACACUUUAUAUUUUUGGCAGAGGUCUUUCUGAAACUUUUCAAGUGUAAACCUACUGCUGUCUAUGAUAUUCCUGAUAUUUGGCAUAAAUCUAUAGAAUGAGAAAAUUUAUAGUAGUAUAUAAUAAAUGAAUUUUAAUUAAAAAAAUCAGUAUAUAUCUAAAACAUCAUUAUGCUAGCAUGGCAUGGUUUUAAUGAAAUGUAAGAGGGAUGGAGUUAAGUCUUUUAUACUGUCUAACUUAGUUUCAGUCAUCAUCUUAGAUAUUCAUAGUACGUAUUGCUUUUUGGCUUGAUGGAAUAUAUCAGUGUUUUUGUGGAUCUUUCUCUGACAGUGGUGAGCGAGUGGUGGCGAUUAGAGCAUCAGUAAAGAAAGCAUGGACCCACUGAGGAAGAAAGGGACUUUUAAAUCUUGCCUCAGCUAAGCUAAAUACGUACAGUGUUUACACCCUUACACAUAAUGCUUGUGUUAAAUGUUUUGGUAGUAUUAAAAAGUGAGCAAAUUACAAGUUUUCUUCAGUAGUAACAGAUGAAUACACUUGCUGCGUUACUGUUCUGAGUGGAGAGGAAACGGAGAGGCUGGGAGACUUGGUAUUGUUCUAGAAGUGACAUGCUGGGCAGCUUUUUUUUUAUUUUUUAUUUAUUUCUUUUGCUUAAAUCAUAUUUGAAGAAAUAUCCUCCCUGAGCUACAUAACCUGAGCUACAUAAUUGGGAUUACCACUGGGCUGACUGAAUGACAAGUGAAUAUCAGUACCCAUGCACUUAACUCAUUCAUUUGUAAGCUAUCUGAGCACUUGGCUUAUGUGUGGAAUAGAAGACUAAGAAAAUAACAAGUAAAGUCUUCCCAAACAAACUCAUAAGCAUAUAUAUAAUUACAACCAGUAAGAAAUGGUAACUAGUUAACCAGUAAUGCCCUGCUCCCUGGGAAUGGGGCUUUACUAACAUCCGAGGGCUACAUCACAUCACCACUCACAUACUUCCCACCUGUGGACCACCUCCUUGACUGUCGACAACAGUGAGACUGACUGCCCUGACUGUGAGACUGUUGUGACAGGCACUGUCAGGACCAUCCCUGCACAUGGUCUGUGGGUGGCAGGAUGCAAGAAGCCAAUGUGGAAUCAUUGUGCAUUUUUAGUUGCAAAGGUUUAUAUGAGUAUUGAUAGUGGAACAGUUUCCAAAACAGAAUCAUCUGAAAUGAGAACAGGCUGCUACUGCUGCUUUCUGCACAGUGCUGACUGUACUGUAGUGUGUUAGAGACAGACAGACCCAGAAAGGUCCGCACCGCAUCGAGAAAUGCAGAACUAGUGACAGAGGCACUUCCCGGCUGGGUGGUGGCGCAUGCCUUUAAUCCCAGCCUUGAGAGGCAGAAGCAGGCAGAUCUCUCUGAGUUCAAGGUUAGCCUGGUCUAUAGAACAAGUUCCAGAACAGCCAGGCUACACAGAGAAAUGCUGUCUCAAAAGCCACUACCACCACCAACAAAGAGCAGACCCUGCUUGUGCUGGCAAGUAUUUAAGGAGUGAAGAUGGGGUAAAAGUCACUCUUAAUGUUGUGGGUUCCUGUGUCACUCUGGGGUUCUGUGAACCAGGUUGUAAUUCUUGCUUUAAAUGCUAACUAACAUCAGUUGCUACUCACAUUCUCUAUAAAGAUAUAAAAAUAUAUUUUAAAAAGUUUAUGUAUCAUAGCUAUAGGUUUUUAAAGUGGGUAAAUGCCCAAAUAAAGUGUUAAAUUACAAUAUAUAAUAGAUGCUUCCAAAUUAAGGUUUUUGUAAGUUAUAAUAAUCUAAAUAACCCACUAAUCUGAUUUUUGUAAAUUGUCCUUUGAUUCUGGUUACUUUUAGGUGUUUUUUAAGUUUUUAAAAUAUACCUAAGUUGUAAAAUAUCCUGUGCUGUUUAGAUCUCUGUUGCAUAAAUGCUGUUCUUGUGUCUGUAUUCUUAGAACUUAAGAAUUCAGAUGAGAAUACAGAGUGUAUUUUUGUGUAUGACUCCCCACAUUGAUGUAAUUGAUUGCCAGUCACUUCAUUCAGAAGAUGGGUCUUGGUUUGUACAGUAGGAGAUUAAAAAUCAAAAUUCAGAAAUUCUUGGAAAGUGCAGGGAUUGUGCUAGAAAUGAGGGUUGUACAUUGCAGACAGCCGUACACAGGGGAGCUGCUAGCUUCAUGAGGGUUGUACAUUGCAGACAGCCGUGCACAGGGAGCUGCUGACUUCAUGAGGGUUGUACAUUGCAGACAGCCGUGCACAGGGAGCUGCUGACUUCAUGAGGGUUGUACAUUGCAGACAGCCAUGCACGGGCAGCUGCUGGCUUCAGGCCUCUCGAGUUUGGUUAGAGUGCUUUGCCUUUUUACCACUUAAAAUGUGUUUCACAAAGGCAGGUUGCUGGGAUUAACUGUUUUUUUUUUUUUAACAUUUUAAGCACAUUUUUAGAAAUCUUCCUUUUGGUUUUGAGCAUUGUUCUGAAAUCAAAGUUUUAUAAUUAAAAAAAAACUCAAAAGAUGAUUCAUCAAGGAAAAAUACAUCACCAAGGGGGAAAGAAAAAUGUUUUAAUCUUAGAGAAAGCAAAUGUUAGGGUUAUAAUAGAUGUGUCUUACAUUGGAUGUUGUGUUAGAGACCUCCUCACAGGAAAUGAUAUAGUUCUAGCACCCUUAGCAUAGAGUUCCUAGACUGGCAUCCAUAGCUCCAGUUUUACAAUGUAUAACCUGAAAAUGAAGUUAAUUUUGCAUUAUAAGAGCACACCAUUAUCUAUGUAAAAAGUGUUCAUUUGAUGUAUUUUUUUAAGAAGAGAGAAAGCACUUUCAUACUAAGUAGCAUGUGUGUGAGUUUUAGACUUCCUGCGUCUAGCUGGCGAUGCUAACUGCUAAGGGAAGCACCUUACCCUCUGCUGCUUCAUCCUGCUUGGAUUGCACCUUCGUUACCCGCACACUUUCACAUAGAGUAUUGUAACAUGGCUUUGAGUGGGUCUAGGCGGACGGCUAGCAGUGGGCCUACAGGAUCUUUUAUUUAUGUUUAUAUUACAAUAAUAUAUUGUAGACCAAUUGUAACUUCAGUUCUUUACAAAUAAAAGCCUGACUGGUUAUUGAAUUUUUAUUUCUUUAAGCUUUUGAGAGAUGGGGAAAUCUAAUAAAGACCUUAAUGGACGGCUGAA